AACUGAGAGGUAGUUGACAUACAACAUUACUGAAUCUUCGAGAAAUAUUACAAACGAAUAGAAGUUGGACGAAUAUUAUUGAAUUUAGCUAUGGCUGAAUAUCUCGCUUCUAUUUUCGGAACAGAGAAGGAUAAAGUCAACUGUUCUUUUUACUUCAAAAUAGGAGCAUGCAGACAUGGAGAUAGGUGUUCUCGUUUACACAAUAAGCCAACAUUUUCCCAAACUUGUUUACUUCAAAAUUUAUAUGUGAAUCCACAAAAUUCUGCUAAGUCUGCUGAUGGGAGUCAUUUGGUUGCCAAUGUCUCAGAUGAGGAAAUGCAAGAGCAUUACGACAAUUUCUUCGAAGAUAUUUUUGUUGAAUGCGAGGAGAAAUAUGGAGAAAUUGAAGAAAUGAACGUUUGUGAUAAUUUGGGAGAUCAUCUUGUGGGAAAUGUCUAUAUCAAGUUCCGUCGAGAGGAAGAUGCCGAAAAAGCUGUCAAGGAUUUAAAUAACCGCUGGUUUGGUGGAAGACCAGUUUAUGCUGAAUUGAGUCCUGUAACUGAUUUCCGUGAGGCAUGCUGCCGUCAGUAUGAAAUGGGCGAAUGUACAAGAACUGGAUUUUGCAAUUUCAUGCAUUUGAAACCAAUUUCAAGAGAUUUAAAGAGAUACCUGUAUUCCAGAGGGAAGACUGGAAGAAGGCGUUCCCGUUCCCGUUCUCCAAAAAGGAGAUCAACGUUUAGAGACCGUAAAGGUUCACGUUCUCCACCCCGUCACCGUGGCCGUAGUGGAAGAUGUUAAAAGUUAUUAUUCAGAAAUAGAAAAUUUUUUU